AAGGACCGUACCGAGGGUGACCACGACACGCAGCACUCAGCGCCAUGCAGAACAGUCUGGGACCAGCCUGCAUCUUCCUGCGCAAGGGGAUUGCUGAGAAACAGGGGGAGCGGGAAUUGGGAGCAGAUGAAAUCGAAGAGCUCCGUGAGGCCUUCGAUGAGUUUGACAAGGACAAGGAUGGCUAUAUCAGCUGCAAAGAUUUGGGCAACCUCAUGAGGACAAUGGGGUACAUGCCGACUGAGAUGGAGCUUAUCGAACUGUCACAGCAGAUCAACAUGAAUCUUGGAGGGCGUGUGGAUUUUGAGGACUUUGUGGAGAUGAUGACCCCAAAGCUGCUGGCAGAGACGGCGGGCAUGAUCGGACUUCAGGAAAUGAGGGAUGCCUUCAAGGAGUUUGACACCAAUGGGGAUGGCGAGAUCACUCUGGAUGAGUUGUACCAGGCCAUGCAGAGGCUGAUGGGCGAGCGCCUGACGUCCCGGGAGAUUGCUGAUGUGGUGAAGGAAGCCGACGUCAAUGGAGACGGGACAGUGGAUUUUGAGGAGUUUGUGAGGAUGAUGUCACGCUGAUGGAGUCGCCCACCCCUCUCUGGUUCCAACGGAUAUGUGAAUGUAUGGAGUUCCAACAUCAAUUCCCAGUGUGAACUGGGAGGGGAGGUCAAACCUCCGUUUGCACAAGAGACUGAGCAGGGCAAGGGGUGGGUUGGCACUGGGGGGCAUUCUUGGAUCGUCUCCCUAAGAGGAGGGCAAGCAUCCCACUUGGCAAAGUCCAAUCCCUGCAGGAAUCCUUUAUUACCGGGCAGCUGCAUUCAUCAAAUGUAUCCCACAACUGGUCCAACCAGCUCGGUUCAUCCCUCUCAAACACACACCGGAAGAUCACUUCCCUGCCUU